GAAUCUCGACACAAACCGUUCGUCGUCAUUAUUCCUUCAGUGGAUCUAUUGGCUGCUGUAGAGUUUCAUUGGAGUGCUGUGGCAAGCUGAUUAAUAUUAUACAUAUACGGAUUAUUUACCAUCAAAUUGAACUAUUAGAAAACGUUUAAGAAUAUUGAAUUAUUAAUAAGAGACUCUUCCCGAAAUUAGUGUUAGAAAAUCGACGAUUUUCCUUCAAUUAGGAGUACGCAGAAGAGUGGACAGUGCGUAGUUUUCGACUUUUCACUUCCUUUGUGUGGUAUAUGCCUUGUGGCAAGUCAGAGCAAGAAACAACGGCAGUGAGUUCUUUCAAAAGUUAUUUUAUCGAUCCAAGAAUCAUAUUGGGUUGCCUUUUUUCUGCUGACCUCUGGAAGGGUAGAGGCAAGUGACAAAGAAGUCGUUCCAAGAAGGGAAAACUUUCAAAAAAGCACAUCAUAAAAAGAAGGGCUCCGAUGGGUAACAGACGUACAAAGGAAUAAAGAAAAAGUUGAACGUAAACAAAAACAUACAAAAUCAGAGACACAAAAAUGGGUGAUGGAGCAUAAGAGAAGACAACAGCAGCAGCAUAAAGGUGCUUUAGUCCCUUUUCUCUUGUUGAUCUAGAUUUGUGAAUGAACAUAAAAACUGCUGUGAAAAACUAUUAGUACUGUUACGUAUGGAUACGUGUGUGGCUGUGUGUAAGCGAAACGAUCACGAACACUUUUAAAGCGCGGAUCAGCUGUGGAGUAGUAGAGUGUAUUUUUCUAGCAGUCGAUCGUCGUUGUUACUUCUGUCAUCAUCGUAGUAUUUUAACAGAUUUGGUACCAUCGAGCAAACAGGAGGAGGAGUAGGAGAAAUAACGCAAGUGAGAGUAGCAGCCACAAAAGUUGUAGAACGUAACGGGCCUACGACAAGCACUCUGGAGUUUUAUUGGAAUUUGGCGAUCAACACAUUCAAGGAGGGAUUACGGACUGGGAAUUCCAUUUAAUUCGCUGCUGCGCCUGAAUGUUAAAACACACUCAAAAUUGCUUACGUUCGGGAGAAGCACGGCUCUUCUGCAAGGUCGUCCUCGUCCUCAGAAGAAGACCUCAAUGAAAGACGAGCACCGCUACCGAGCACAAGCAGCGCGAGUGACCACCCGAGUCGGCACCAGUCCCAGCAUCACCAUCAUCAUCAUCAACACCAACACCAAGCUCCCGCUAGUAGCAGCAGUCACAACGCCAGCAAACGUUUACACCUGCCAUCAACCUCGUCAUCGUCUUCAUCGUCAUCGUCGUCGUCCUCUUCGCCGUCAUCGAGUGCACUAGACAGACCGCAUCGUUCCAGUGGCAGUAAAGCCGAAUCGGCCGUGGAUCAUAAGAAAGACGGCCUGAGUCGACGGCAAAGCAAGGAACAGCAAAAGAACGUGGGCCAGAAUAAGCAACCGCAGCAGCAGCAGCGUAGGAAAUCCCAGCGACGUAGAAGACAAUCUCCGGAAAAAGAAACCGUUACUCGCCGAACAGGGGAGGACAAGGGGGAGGGUCUCGAGGACAAAGAAAGUUCCUUGACCAGUCCCCAGAGCAAGCGGCGCAAAAUGUUGAACGAUAGUAACAAUCUCAACGGAACGCUGUCCUCGGCCUCCCCGAUGGAUUCGGCUUCGUGUGAAUUGAAUGGUCACAAUAACAACAAUGGCCAACAGGAACAAAGCGAAGCCAACAACGGAAUAGUGACAACCAAUGGAGAGAACUCAACUCCGCGUCCGGUUGUUAAACUGGAUAAGACAAACCAGGAGAUUGUGCGAUUGAUUGGACAACAUUUGAAGAAUAUCGGAUUGGAUAGAAGUGCCGAAGCAUUGAUGCAGGAGUCGGGAUGCUGUUUGGAACAUUCUUCGGCCAGUAAAUUUCGCCAGCACGUUCUCUCCGGUGACUGGACCAAAGCUGAUCACGAUCUCACAGAGUUACAGUCAAUGGUAGAUCCAAAGACCGACAAGCCCAGUAUAAAUGAAAUGAAAUUUUUACUACUGGAACAGAAAUAUUUGGAGUUUUUGGAAGAAGGGCGCCCAAUUGAUGCUCUGCAUGUGCUUCGUAAUGAGUUGACACCCUUACAGCACAAUACACCUCGUGUUCAUCAGUUGUCUUCGUACAUGAUGUGCACCAACAAUCAAGAAUUGUACCAACGAGCCAACUGGGAUGGAAAGGGAACCAAAUCCCGCACCCGACUGAUGGAUCGCCUGCAAUCGUACCUGCCGGCUACGGUUAUGUUGCCUCCCAGACGUCUGCGCUCUCUUCUCGCCCAAUCGGUUGAGAUGCAAACCGAACGCUGCCAAUGUCACGAUAUGGCCUGGAGAACCAACAUCGACAAUGUUUCGCUGCUGGUCGACCACAACUGUUCCUCUGAAGGAUUUCCGAUGCAGGCCUUGCAUGUGCUGAACGAUCAUUCGGAUGAGGUCUGGUUCUGCAAAUUUUCGCCGAAUGGUCUUCGGCUGGCUACCGGUUCGAAGGACAACACCGUUAUCGUUUGGGAGGUUGAUCCAGUCAAAUUGGUUCUUAAAAACAAACGAACAUUUGACGGGCACACCUACGGUGUGUCCUUCAUUGCCUGGAGUCCAGAUUCCAAGCAUUUUAUCGUAUGUGGUCCGGAAGAUUGUCCGGAUUUGUGGAUCUGGGAUGUUGAGCAUGAAAAGCUUGUGACAAAAGUAUCCCACUCUACCGACGAUAGUUUGACAUGUGCUGCAUUCAACAAAGACGGAACCCGCUUUGUUACCGGUGGUACCCGUGGCCAGUUUUAUCUCGUUGCGCUAGAUGGUACGGUUCACGAUAGCUGGGAAGGCGUACGGGUGAAUGGUCUUGCCUUCAGAGCGGACAACAAAACGAUUCUCGCUGCCGACACACACUACCGAAUACGCGGCUACAGAUUUGAUAUCGACAAUCCUCACAGUGAUCAUAACAUCAUUCAGGAACAGUGUCCCAUCAUGACGUUCUCGGUGAAUUCUGCCGAUCGGUUGGCUCUGUUGAACAUCUCUUCGCAGGGUCUACAUCUAUGGGACCUGCAGGACAAAUGUCUCGUUCGACGCUUCCAGGGUGUCACCCAGGGCAAUUAUACCAUCUAUUCUUGCUUCGGUGGGGUUAAUGAAAGCUUCGUAGCCAGUGGCAGCGAAGAUAAUAAGGUAUACAUCUGGCACAUCCGCCGGGAGGAACCGCUGGCCACGCUGGUCGGGCACACACGAACGGUGAACUGUGUCAGCUGGAAUCCCGUCUAUCCGUCCCUGCUGGCUUCCGCUUCCGAUGACGGUACGGUGCGGAUCUGGGGACCGAAACAGCCACAACUGGCCUGGGCUGCCAGCAGCAACAACGGUGACAGCGCGUCGAUCGCGUCCACCAGCUCCACCGCGUCGUCGGCGUCUUCGUCCUCAUCGUCGUCGUCUGCGGCGAACAAUGAUCUUAUAUCUAAUUCGUCUUGGAAUAUCACAUAAUAUUAGAUGUUGCAGCACGUAGCACAUCCCCUCCCCCUCAAUUUAUCGUGUUAAGCAUUAUAUUCGGUUUAACAAUAUUAAUACUAAAUUUAGUGAAGUAGUUUAACUAUAACAUAAAAUCAGAAACAUAUUAUUGUAAUGAAAACAAUAAAACAAGCGAAGCGGAGAAGACAACAAUAACAUAAACAUAAUAAUUAUAAAUCGUAAUUAUUAUAUUCGAAUCAAAACGGAACAACCAACCAACCGCCCGAGAGAAACCAACAAUAAUUCCAUCGGACACGGAACCAACUAAAUACCAUAAACUCAACAACAGUCAUCACGACAUUGGCCGUUCGAGUAUGGGAAGCGCCCGUUCGCGGACGGACGUGCCCAUUCUUCUCCGUGUUGAAAAAAAUGCACCGGAUUCGGUCAAUCAAUUUAGAGCGUGUAGGAAAAGCCGCUUCUCAAAUUGCUGUAGUUUUCAGUAAUCAAAAGAAAUAUAACAAUGAUACGCGAUCGAGCAGCUGCAAUAGGCAAGUAAAACACACAAAAAAACGGAUCAAAUGUUGAAAAUUUCCCAAAUGACGAAUCAAAUCGAGAAAUAGAGCAUCCUUAGCAUGAUAAAUAAAAAAAUACAUAAUAAAGGGGAAGAGCAAAUGGAUGGUUUCUCCAUUUCAGGAAGUUAAACGUACGAGAAACGAAGAAGAAUUUGGGUUUACUUUUGUUUUGUUUGGUCUGAUACUAGAACAGGAUGAAAUUAUUUUAAAUCAAAGGUUUUAGAAGGCGUGCGAAUUGCAUUAUUCAAAGCUAACUAGGUAAUACACGAGUUGGUUUCAUUUUACACAUUAAACAAUGCUGUGCAAAAUUUAGCAAAGGAGACUUUUCGGAAAAAGAUAUUAAAUUGCAAUACAUACGUUCUAAUUUUGCCUGUAGCGUAGCGUCCGAUUGGUGUUUGCCAAAAGUAUAGAUUACUUUCUUUCUAACUAUUACGUACCAUUGGUCCCAUGAGAAUCUAUUUAUGCACAUCGUCGCUUUUGUAGUUUAAAGAAUACAAAAAAGAAGCAAUUAGAGAGUACAGAAUUUGUUUUUUAUAUAUAUUUUAGUUAUGGAUUUAUAGAUUUGAUGUACACUGAAGAAAUAGUUUUAAUUUAUUAAUCUACUGCAACAGUUCCCAUUCACAAAUUGAAUUUGGCAAAGCAAACAAAAAAAAAGUAAAAUUAUUUUGUAACUCCGAUUUUUUAUUUUCAUUUUGAUUGGUUGUCGAUUGUUUUUCCCACGUUUCUAGAUUUUAAAGAGCAGUUUUUGUUUGGAAAGUUAAGCUACCGGAUGAUUUCAUCGAAAUUUGCCUAAACAGCUGAACAAAGCUAGCAAAGUGGACAAAGGAGAUGAGAAACAGAAUUUGGCUUGUGGAUUAAUAAUGUGGAUUAUGUAUUUUACUAAAUAAAAUUUUAAGCUGACCGAUUUGGGAUUUAACGAUAGCAACAAAA